GCAUAAAAAGCUGUGCUAAAAUGAAGGAACAGAAUAAAGUCUGGAGGAAAAUGUAGCAGAUAAUAGAGUCACCUCCAUUCCAUGCUUUACCCAAACACUACUUCCUAUAAAUUCCCCAAAACCCUCUAAACCAGCAUUUACUUCAUCAACUCUCUUCACCCACCUAAGAACCCUAGCUCCCUCCCACCUCCAGCCUCCAGCUUCAUCAAGGUGCAAUGCGGUGCUCUAAAUGACUUGUCCUUGUUUAAUGAAAUUUGAGGUUGGAUAGUGCAACAAUUUUGGCAUUAAUGGAAAGCUUUAGUGGCUGUGGGUUUUCUGUUGGAGGAUGCUUUGUGAGGAAGAAAAGGAGUGUUGUAUUACAUAAACCUCGCUUGGAUCCUCUCACAUUUUCUGAGAGGUCUAAAAUCUUGUUACCAGUUGUAAAUUCCUUUGGGAAAGAAAGUCUCAGUAAGAAGCGUGAUAGCAAGGAUAAAGUAUUAUAUUCUGAUGGCUUGCAAAGUGAGAAAAGGCCGAAGAAAUUAAAGCUUAAGCUUCGAGGUGUUACUCAUACAAUUCAAAGCAAGUAUGCAGCUGAUUCUAUUGUUUGUGGUGACUCUCCAAUUCCUACAUCUUCAUCCCCGUCCGAUGACUUCACUCCCCAACUGAAGCCACUUCAGGAUGUCAAAACCUUCUGUUCUUCUGAUGGGGGCAAAGGCGUUGGAGUUAAACGGAAAUACUCCCUGAAAUUUAGCUCUAGUUCGCGAAAGGAAUAUUCUUCAAAAGGUCAAAUCUCUGGGGAAAGUGUUCCUGAGGAUGGCGAACCGGCUCGUAAGAGCAAGCGGAUUCAGAAGAGACGUGUCUCAGAUGUGGGACUUAGUGAAGAUGGUAAUGAAGAUAAUGAAAUUCAAUUUCUUGAAAGACUAAAUGCUUCUAAGGUGGCUGCUCCAAAGAGAGGUAAAAUGGAUGGUGAUCAUGGAGGUGAUAUUGAAAACAGUAAAUUACCAAGGCUGCGGAAACAUAGUGGGAAAAAGUCAAGAUCAGAAAAAAUGUGCGAGGAUAGGGACUAUUUGGGAGAAGAAGAUGAUGAAGAACUGAUAUCUGAUGAUGAACUUGAAUCUAAUGGGAAGACGCUGAAAAGGGGUUCUCUUAGUUUACUUCUUGAAGAGCCACAAAAGUCCACGCCUACCACACGUAACCGGGCCCUUCAAUCUGGGGUAGAUAUCUUAAAUGGCUCCGGUUCAAAUGAUAUUAAUCUUGCAACUCAUUUUCUUCCUGCCUCAUCUAGAAAAAAGGAGAAAAUUUCAGAAGUGGAUAAGCAAUCAAAGAAAGCCGAGGCUGCACAGAGACGUAAAAUACAAACAGAGAAGAUAGCUAGAGAAGCUGAGGCUGAGGCAAUCAGAAAGAUACUUGGUCAAGAUUCAAAGAAGAAGAAGAGGGAAGACGAACUGAAGCAGAAGAGGGAUGAAUUGUCACAGGGAAGGAAAACCAGUGCUGUCACACUGGCACCAAACACAGUCCGAUGGGUCAAUGGUCCUAAUGGAACUGUUGUUACAUUCUCUGACGAUAUUGGUCUGCCAAACAUCUUCAGUCCAGCACUGUGCAGCUACCCUCCCCCACGCGAAAAAUGUGCUGGUCCUAAUUGUACAAAUGCAUACAAGUAUCGCCAUUCUAAGUCCAAGCUCCCCCUUUGCAGUCUCCAUUGCUACAGGGCAUUGAACGGAAAGACAGAGCGUCUAAUUGCUUGUUAAUACAGUCCUACCGGGCACACCAAUUUAGUAGAACGACAUUAACAUAUUUUGCUGGAAUAUGGGAAGACAUCUAUCUUGAGGCCAUGCCCCUGAUAUUGGUGACGGAAUAGUGUAUUAUUUACCAACCCGCUGAUGUUGUCUGUAUUUUGUAGUGCAAGGAAGUAGAAUGACCUGGUUAAAUGCAAACGCCCUGAUUGUUUUGUAAUGUCAUUGUGCCACAUUUAGACCAGAGAUCGCAAAGAAGUUGCCUGUAAAGAAUUUUGGUGAACUUGCCUACUUGGGAUAAAAUUCCUUUUAUGUCUCCCGCUCCUAUGAAAGCAAAUUUAAGAAAAAAAUGGUGGCAUCAGUUUCUUU